AUGGACCUCGCGCGCCUGUGGCUGGGGCUUCAGCUGCCCCUAGUAGCCGCCCUGGAUUUCCGAUACCACCACCAGGAAGGGAUGGAAGCGUUCCUAAAGAGCGUUGCCCAGAACUACAGUUCCAUCACGCACUUACACUGCAUCGGGAAAUCUGUGAGAGGUAGAAACCUGUGGGUUCUUGUUGUGGGGAAGUCUCCAAAGGAACACCGAAUUGGGAUUCCAGAAUUCAAAUACGUGGCUAAUAUGCAUGGAGAUGAGACCGUGGGGCGAGAAUUGCUGCUCCACCUCAUCGACUACCUGGUGACCAAUCACGGGAAAGAUGCCGAAAUCACACAACUAAUCAACAGCACUCGGAUCCACAUCAUGCCUUCCAUGAACCCAGAUGGAUUUGAAGCCGUCAAGAAGCCCGACUGUUAUUACAGUAACGGAAGGGAAAAUUACAACAAUUAUGACCUGAACAGAAACUUUCCUGAUGCCUUCGAAAAUAAUAACGUGACACAGCAGCCUGAGACCCUGGCAGUCAUGAAGUGGCUGAAAACCGAGACAUUUGUCCUCUCUGCCAAUCUCCACGGGGGUGCCCUGGUGGCCAGCUACCCCUUCGAUAAUGGUGUGCAAGCCACGGGGACACUGUUGUCCCGAAGCCUAACUCCAGAUGACGAUGUUUUUCAACACCUCGCAUAUACCUACGCUUCCCGGAACCCCAAUAUGACAAAAGGAGAUCAGUGCAAAAACAAAAGGAACUUCCCCAAUGGAAUUACUAAUGGGUACUCCUGGUAUCCACUGCAAGGUGGAAUGCAAGAUUACAACUACAUCUGGGCCCAGUGUUUUGAACUUACAUUGGAGCUGUCAUGCUGUAAAUACCCUCGAGAAGAAAAGCUACCAGUGUUUUGGAAUGACAACAGAGCCUCUUUGAUUGAAUAUAUAAGACAGGUGCACCUAGGUGUAAAAGGUCAAGUGUUUGACCAGAGUGGAAAUCCAUUGCCGAAUGUAAUUGUGGAAGUCCAAGACAGAAAACACAUCUGCCCAUAUCGAACCAACAAACUUGGAGAGUACUACCUGCUUCUUUUGCCAGGGUCCUACGUGAUCAAUGUUACAGUCCCUGGGCAUGACCCGCACCUCACAAAGCUGACUAUCCCAAGGAAUUCCCAGACCCUCGGUGCUCUUAAAAAGGAUUUCCACCUCCCGUUUCGAGUGCAACUGGAUUCCAUCCUCGUAUCAGAUCUUUCGUGCCCAAUGGUUCCUCUGUAUAAACUAAGGCCAAACCACACAGCUGCAACAAAGCCUACUUUGUAUGUAUUCCUCUUGACUCUUUUGCACAUAUUUUUCAAAUAAAGUCAAAUGUGAAACUCAAGCCCCAUCACCACCUGGAAUCAGGGAUUGGUUACUCCAGGUGAUGGCAACUGUCCCUCUUACGAGACUGCCAUGGGAUAAACACCACUGUUUUCCCUAAGGGGAAAACUGGAUGUUUCCAAACCCAGCUGAGAGCAGCAUCCGAUGACAAAAGUGAUCUUCAGUCUGGAUGAUUGGAGGUCACUGCCUAGCAAGUGCCGCCUACAUGAAACUCCAUCCUGAAAUAGAACCAGAAAUUUGCAAGAAACUUGAGAAGCAAAACAGACAUCCCUAGAAGGAAAAAAAAAAAAAGUUAAUUUU